AUGCGGGAGUCUGACCUCGUCGAGCUGCGCGUGCUGCCGAAGGUAUUCCCACAGCGCCCAUACGCGCGGCACACUGCCGGCCUUGGCGCCGGCGAUGGCGUCGGGGCGCCGUCAGCCAUGAACACUAGCGGUCUCCUUAGCGUGAAGGUGCUGGGACUCUACUGCUCUCGCAUCACCAGCGAGCAAGCUGCGUCAAACAAGGGGAGUGCGGCGGUGGAGCAGCUGUCACCGAGCGGAGUCGGUGACAGUCUGCACGGGGCCCUUGAGGGCGCGGGGAAGCGUCAUAUUUACGUCCGCGUGCAGUUUGACAAGACCCUCGUGGACACACUGCCGCUGGAGGUGAUGCGGGAGAAAUACCCGCAGGUGCUCAUAGACUACCUGCUCUCUACAGCUGUCUGGACGUAA